AACCCGAAACGAAACCCUGCGGUCUCACUGGAUCAACGGCACCCUGAGAAAACAGAAACGCAUUCUUGCCCCGUUAGCGAAUACGCCUCCGAUAUAUAAAGCGGGUCAGAGGAGUGGCAGACGCUGUGAGAGCCACGCACCAGCACACACACACACACACACAAACACAGCACACCGCACCGCAUCUCCACCACGCGCCACUUGGACGCCGACACGCGCCUUCUCCGUCUCCCAGGAUGAGCUACUCGCUGGAAACGAUAGGGAGCCCGUACAGGAGAGUUAUGGAAACUCGGACCAGCUACAGCCGCACCAGCGGAUCUCCGUCCAGUGGAUUCAGGUCCCAGUCUUGGUCACGAGCGAGCCCGAACCCCGCGCUGUCAGCUACCUAUAAGCGGACCGUCAACUUGCCCGUGUCUCGAGCAUACAGCGCCACGGUACUGAGCACCUGCGACAGCGCAGACUUCAGCCAGUCCUCUAUAUUCAAUGGGGACUACAAGCGCUCCAACGAAAAGGAACAGCUACAGGGACUCAACGACCGCUUCGCCGGCUACAUUGACAAAGUGCAUUACCUGGAACAGCAGAACAAGCAGAUUGAGUCGGAAAUCCAGGCGCUGCGGCAGAAGCAGGUGUCGCAUUCCCAACUAGGAGAUGUUUACGACCAGGAGCUGCAAGAGCUGCGCUCCAUGCUGGAGCAGAUUCACCACGACAAGGCGCAGAUCCAGCUCGACACGGACCACAUCGAGGACGAUAUUCAGCGGCUGAAGGAGCGUUUCGAGGAGGAGGCCCGCAUCAGAGAGGAGACGGAAGCCGUUAUUCGCGCCCUGAAGAAAGACAUGGGCGACUCGGCGCUGGCGAAGGACGAGCUGGAUAAAAAAGUGCAGUCUCUGCAGGACGAGAUCGCCUUUAUCCGCAACAACCACGAGGAAGAGGUGAGCGACCUGUUGGCGCAGGUGCAGGCAUCGCAAGUGACCGUGGAGAGGAAGGACUACCAAAAGACCGACAUCACGGAGGCGCUCCGGGAGAUCCGCACGCAACUCGAGGGCCACUCUUCCCAGAACCUGCAGCAGGUGGAGGACUGGUUUAUGUGCCGCUACGCCAAGCUCACAGAAGCCGCGGAGCAGAACAAGGACGCCAUCAAGUCCGCCCGGGAUGAGAUCGCCGAGUAUCGCCGCCAGCUGCAGACCAAAACCAUCGAGCUGGAGUCUGUCCGCGGCACCAAAGAAUCACUGGAGAGACAGCUGAACGACGUCGAGGACCGACACAACAACGACGUGGCCAGCUAUCAGGAGACCAUUCAUCAGCUGGACAACGAGCUGCGGAGCACGAAGUGGGAGAUGGCCCGUCACCUGCGCGAGUACCAGGACCUCCUCAACGUCAAGAUGGCUCUCGAUAUUGAAAUCGCUGCGUACAGGAAGCUUCUGGAGGGGGAGGAGAGCCACUUCAGCUCCUUUGCCGGCAGCAUCACUGGCCCCGCCUCCUACCCUUUCCGCCAGCCAACCAAAGCCAAAGCCGAGCCCACCAAACUCAAGGUCCAGCACAAGUUUGUGGAGGAGAUCAUUGAGGAGACGAAGGUGGAGGAUGAGAAGUCCGAGAUGGAGGAGGCCCUGGCGGAGAUGGCGGAAGAACUGUCCGCCGCCGUGGGUGAGGGAGAGGAAGAGGGUGGAGAAGAGGGAGAAGGAGAGGGAGGAGAGGAAGGAGAAGAAGGAGAGGCAGAAGCAGGGGAGGGGGAGGAGGAGGUAGAAGCCUCCACCGAGGCCAAAGUGAGUGCCAGCCCUCCAGGAGAAAAGGAGGAAAAGGAGGGUGAGAAGGAAGGGGGUGAGGAAGAGGAAGGCGAGGGGGGCGAGGAAGGAGAAAAGGAGGAAGAGGGAGAAGCUGGAGAGGAUGAGGAAAAGGGAGAUGAGGCAGAGGCAGAGGCAGAGGCAGAGGCAGAGGGAGAGGGAGAGGGAGAGGGAGAGGGAGAAGCUGAGGAGCAGGAAGAGGAAGUGGUAGAGGAGACUGCCCUGAGUGCUGACGCCACAAAACCAAAGGCUUCCCCUGUGAAGGAGAAAGAGGGAGAGAAAGAGGAAGAGGAAGGAGGAGAGGAGGACAAGGGCAAAGAAGAGGCAGGAGAGGGAAAGGAUGAGAAAGUAUCUAAAGUGGAAGAAAAGGAAACAGUAAAGGAAAAGGAAGCACCAAAGGAAAAGGAGGAAGUGAAGGAAAAGGAGGAAGUGAAGGAAAAGGAGGCUCCAAAAGAGAAGGAAGCACCGAAGGAGAAGGAAGAGGUGAAGGAAAAGGAGGAAGUGAAGGAAAAGGAGGCACCAAAGGAAAAAGAGGAAGUGAAGGAAAAGGAAACAGCAAAGGAAAAACCAAAGGAGGAAGCUGGUGAACCCCAGAAGAAAGAGGAAGUGAAAGAGCCAAAGAAGGAAAAGGAAGCUAAAGAAGACGCCCAGCCAGAGAAAAAGGCUGCAGCCAAGGAAGAGACUCCCAAGCCAAGCACUGAGAUAGAGGAGAAAAAGAGCGCCCCAGAGGUAGAGGAGAAGAAGGUGGAGAAGAAGGACUCAGCCAUGAACGGAGAGGUGGAGAAGGGAGGCUCAGACGACGAGGACAAGAAGAGCGAAGAGAAGGCAGGAGCCGACGAGAAGCAGGUGAUAGCCAAUGGCGUGGACGAGAGCCCCACCAAAGAGGAACCCGGUCAGAAAGUGGUCAUCACCAAAACCGUGGAGACCAUCACCACUGGAGAGGAUGGGGCCAAACAUGUCACCAAGUCGGUCACCGUGACAGAGACCGUGGAGGAGGUGCAAGAGAAAAUGGUCGCCACCAAGAAAGUGGAGAAGCACACCGCCCAAACGGUCAAGCAAGUGACGGAAACAGAGUGAACAGAAAGAGAAGGAGAGAGGGGGGGAGGGGGACCCCGGGACAAGAUGAAUAAUCAACCGAGAACUAGCAUAACAGUUCACCAAAUAAAUCCAUACAGUUAGAGAGUUUCAAUUAUGAUAUUCACUCAAUCAAAAAAGAUUCAAGAAACAUAGAGGAAGCCAUAAGAUGCGACAAGCUAAUUCAAAAAUGCAUGCUGAGUGAUAGCUUUACAUGGGCUUUACUGCAGAUGCGGAGAAGAGACGCAGGGGUCAGAUCUUUCAGUUCGUUUCUUUUCUUUAUUUGUUCUUUUUUUGUGCAAUACAUGGAAAGAGAGUUCAAGAUGUGGGCGUCUGCAUGCAAGCUCAAAGAAGUGUACGCUCCAAAGAAUUCUGGGAGAAAAACAUAUCUUAUGUAGGUACCAAAUGUACAGCAUGCAGGUAUUUAAAGCGGAGAGACAGGGAGAACAACAGAACUUGUCAUGAGAUUUUAUUUGAUAUCGGGGUGCGGGGUGGGGCGGGGCAUUAGGGAGAGGAAAAGUGUUUGGAGAAAUUGAGUCCAAAAGAAGUUGCCUUAAGCAAGAAAACAACUGAGCCACAGAUAUGUGCAUGUGUAUGUAUAUGUAUAAUAUAUACACAUAAGAGGGGAGGGUAAUGAAGGAGCAAUGAGUACAUAAAACUAAAGUAAAUAUUCAUGAGAAACUGGAGAAAAAUUCCUAGCCUUAAAAAUGCUGUCUGUUGUUAUUUAUGUUUACCAUAUGAGUGCAAUUAAAAGAUAUACAUGGAGACAACGCAUACGCUCAUUCAUGUAUGCAUAGAAUGAACUGAUCAAAUUAACUGAGGUGCUACAGUUUGCCACACUUGUCUUUACUCGCCAUGACCAUUUCUCAGCAGCAUCUGCUCAAUAAACGUCA